AUGUCUAUCUAUUCAUUAUCUAUCUAUCUAUCUAUCUAUCUAUCUAUCUAUCUAUCUAUCUAUCUCAGUCUGUUCAUUAUCUAUCUAUCUAUCUAUCUAUCUAUCUCAUUCUGUUCAUUAUCUAUCUAUCUCAUCUGUUCAUUAUCUAUCUAUCUCAUCUAUCAUUAUCUAUCUAUCUAUCUAUCUAUCUAUCUAUCUCAUUCUGUUCAUUAUCUAUCUAUCUAUUCAUCUAUCUAUCUAUCUCAUUAUGUAUCUCAGUCUGUUCAUUAUCUAUCUAUCUCAGUCUGUUCAUUAUCUAUCUCAGUCUAUCUAUCUAUCUAUUCAUCUAUCUAUCUCAGUCUGUUCAUUAUCUAUCUAUCUAUCUAUCUAUCUAUCUAUCUAUCUAUCUCAUGUUACGUACUGAUUCUCCCACUUUCUUUCUUUCUCAUUCUAUUCAUUAUCUAUCUAUCUAUCUAUCUAUCUAUCUAUCUAUCUAUCUAUCUCAUUCUGUUCAUUAUCUAUCUAUCUAUCUAUCUAUCUAUCUAUCUAUCUCAGUCUGUAAAUAUAUAUCGAUCUCGUGAGUGUUACUUACUGAUUCUCCCACUUUUUUCUUUCUUUCUUUCUUUCUUUCUUUCUUUCUUUCUUUCUUUCUCAUUCUAUUCAUUAUCUAUCUAUCUAUCUAUCUAUCUAUCUAUCUAUCUAUCUAUCUAUCUAUCUCCCACUGCUCCCAUUGAUACUUCUUUUUCUACGCCUCUUUAUCUAUCUAUCUAUCUAUCUAUCUAUCUAUCUAUCUAUCUAUCUAUCUAUCUAUGUUUGUUCAUUAUCAAUCUAUCUAUCUAUCUAAAUUAG